AUGUUAAACAUCAGAAAAAUUUAUUUCAGAACCCUACAAAGCACUUGCCAUUUACUUAUUGCCUAUUGUUCUUUAUGUACGAUUCUUCUUCUCUCAGCAGAGUUUAUUCCCUUAAUUGUUGUUUUAGCUUCAUCAUUAGGAUCUAUUUCAAUGUUAACAUGUUUCUUUAUUCAUUUAUUGCCAGCCUAUGGUAUUUGUAGUGUCACCAGUUUGAUUUCUUGUAUUGGGUUGGAUAGAGCUUUGAGUGUUUUCUUUCCCUUUUGGUAA